CCCAACCAGUGCAAGACCAAAUCGUUUUGCUGAUAAAUUUAUUGGAAAAAUCGACUCAGAAUGUGUGGGAGCUUUUCCGCCACUCGAUAAGAUAGGAGCACUGACAGCACUGCCUGCGAGCCACUCACCCAUUCAUUCAGUGCACCGAGAACCUUUACGAUGGCGAGUUUGAAAAGUUUGCAGAUUGUGAGCGGGCUGCUGACCUUUGUCCUGCUGCUGACGCAGCUGCUGGCCCACGCCCACGUCGUCCAGGCGGAGAACAUCGACGCGGCGGAGACGGACCGCUUCUGCUAUCCGGAGUCCUCGAAGAACACACGCCGCUCCUGCGAGUGCAGCAACGUGAGCGCUUCGCCGUGGGGCAACCGAGCCCUGCGCAUCGACUGCAGCUACAAGGACUACAGGUCGGCGGAUCUCUCGCUGGUCCUGCCCCUGUACAUCGACUCGCUGGAUCUCUCCUGGAACGCCCUGGACUCGGUCCCGAUCCUCUCCAGCGACACCCUGCACCAGCUGAACCUGCGGCACAACAACGUCUCGCAAUUGGUGGCCGGCAACUUCAAGCUGCUGACCAGUUUGCGGGAGUUGUACCUGGGCUGGAACAGCAUUGGCAGACUAGAGGCCGGUUCCUUUGACGGAUUACCCCAUCUGCAGGUCCUUGACCUAGCCCACAACAAUCUCCACCUGCUGCCCGGUCAACUGUUUGCCCCGCUUCUGGUACUGGGCACCUUGGACAUCUCCUGGAAUCGACGCUUCAACGAGUCUGGCGAGGAUCUGUACACCGGACUCGGGGUGAACUGGAAGCUCUCCACCUUGAGACUGGACGCCUGCAACUUAGGUGAUCUUCACCUGCCCGUAAAUGCGCCCCUGAAGGAGCUCUCCCUGCGUCGCAACCAGCUUAAGCGGAUUCCCGCACAGCUGCCGGAGACCCUUCUCCGCCUCGACAUCAGCGACAAUCUGCUGGAGGAGCUGCUGCCGGAGGACACGUUCAAUCUCACCCAGGUGCGCCAGCUGUUCAUCGAGGACAUGCCGCUGCUCCAGAGGGUGAUGUCCAAUGCCCUGGCCCAUGUGGAUGUCCUCGAAACAUUGAGCUUCCAGAACAGCCGUCAGCUUAGCCACCUGGACGCGGAGGCCUUUGGACCCACCAUGACCACCUCCACCAAGAAAACAGCUCUGCGGUCGCUAAGCUUUCGCGGCACUAUGCUGCGCACCUUUAAUUCCACGCUGGCGCCGCUUUUUACGCAACUUGCCGAGCUGGAUCUCAACGGUCUCCCGCUGCAGUGCGACUGCGAGCUGGUCUGGCUGAAGCAGCUGCCGGUCGAAACCAACGGACGCUGCUACAAGCCGGCCCGCAUCCGCGGCAUGCUGGUCACCUCCGCUCGAGGUGACGCCUUCAGCUGCGACACCUGGCCGAGAUGGGCCUACGGCCUGGUCGUGCUCUCACUGAUCGCCCUCAGCGCCGCGGGCAUCUACCUGAUCGUCAUGGGACUCAGGCCCCACCGCGGGGUCACCAUGCGCCGCAAGGUGGGCGCCGGCAGCCCCUACGCCCGCGUCACCAUCGAGCCCAAUCGCCAGGAGAAUCCCCACUAG